AUGAUGAUGAGCGUGAAGAAGACUCUUCAUCUCAUCACAGGGCUCAUCCUCGUCUUCCAGUUUCAGUUCAGCUUCAAUAAGAUCAAAUCUGCCACUGGGGUCUACCGCAGUGACACGCAGGGGCUGCCUGCUCCAGAGGGACGGCUGCAUGUGAACAUCGGGAGUCACAGGGAGAGGAAAUGGGCGUCCAGGCCCCGGUCGGGGGCCCCUCGCUGGGCUGCAGACAAGAGGGGCCACUACAGAGACCAGCACCAAGCAGAGGAGUCAGAUCUCGACCUGAUGAUGGAGGAGAGACACGAGAACUCGACACAGAUUGUGGACACUGAUCACGCCUACUACACGUCGAAAAUCUACGGCCCUGGAGACCCGGCAGGUAAAGAGCUGUGGGUGAACAUCGAGGAGAUGGAGGAGGACGAGUGGAAGGUCCAUGGUUUCCUGUCCAACACCCACAGACAGACAGAGAGGGUGAAUCUUUCCUUCGACUUCCCUUUCUACGGACAAAUACUCAAAGAAGUCACCGUGACCACUGGAGGUUUCAUUUACACAGGAGAUCUAAUCCACCGGAUGCUCACAGCGACUCAGUACAUCGCUCCCCUGAUGGCCAACUUCGACCCAAGUCUUUCCAAAAACUCCUCCGUCUGUUACUUUGAUAACGGAACUGCACUGGUGGUUCAGUGGAACCGGAUUCAGCUCCAUGACUUGGCUCUGGGGACGUUCACCUUCCAGGCCGCUCUGCACAGCGACGGGCGGAUAGUCUUCGUAUACAAAGAGAUUCCUGUUGACAUCAGCCACAUCAGCACCGGGAAUCAUCCUGUGAAAGUGGGAUUAUCAGAUGCCUUUGUGGUGCUUCAUGAAAUAGAGCAUAUUCCCAAUGUCCGGCGGAGAACCAUCUUCGAGUAUCACAAGGUCGAUAUCCUCAAGUCCAAAAUCUGCAACUCUACAUCAGUGGAGAUGGUGCCGCUCCCGACGUGUCUCCAGUUCUCCAGCUGUGCUCCAUGCGUCACUUCUCAGAUUGGCUUUAACUGCAGCUGGUGCAGUCGGCUACAAAGAUGCUCCAGUGGUUUCGAUCGGAACCGGCAGGACUGGGUCGACCUCGGCUGCCCAGAGGAGAGGCGAGAUCCCCGUUGUCUCCGGAUAACAGGCGUCACAAACACCACAUCUCCCCACCUGACGCACACGACCACCCCGGUCCCAGUGAUCGCGGUGGAGCAGAGGACGUCCGGCGUGACCUCCGACCCCCUCAGCAGGACGCCCUCCCUCACCAGCCCCUCAACGCGCCGUAGCAGCACCAGCAGAAGAAUAAUGUCCACACCGCAGCCUCCCACCAGCAAACCUGCAGACGAUGAAACAAAGAUCUCGUUACACAUCAGUGAAGCGCCAGAUGAGGAGGAGGACACGGGAGAGGGAGACGAGCGGCUGCAGGUCGGCCUCCUGGCGGGCAUCGUCCUGAUGAUGGUCUUCAUGGCAGCAGCCGUCCUCCUGUCGCUGUACGUGUACAGUCACCCUACUUCCAGUGCCAGCCUCUUCUUCAUGGAGCGGCGGCCGACCCGCUGGCCCAUCAUGAAGUUCAGACGAGGGUCUGGUCACCCGUCCUACGCCGAGAUGGAGGCGCCCGGUCAGGACAAAGAGGGCUCGGUGGUCAUCGACCCCAAACAGUCGUUUGUGAUGUCGGACAGAAGAGAGAGCGAACAGAAGGAAGGAUUCAUAGUCCCUGAUCAGAGGGAGUGCUUCCUGAUCUCAGAGAGCUCCUGACCAACACUACACAUC